CGACCAGCCUUGUGUUUGUGUGAGUUGCUAGAGGUUGCCCGCGCGCCACUGGAAAACGCCUUGAAAGAGAUUUUGCGAAGCGAUUGGGUUCCUCGCUCUCCUUUCUUGGGUUAAGCAGAGCUGAGGCAUGAUUUCCUCCACUGGGGCCGAAGCAGUGGUGGGAACGGGAGAAUUAGUGGCAGAGGGCCAUGUUCCUCCUCCUCCUGAUUCUAAGAACCUCCUUUCUUGGGACAAAGGUGCUGUGAAGCAGUAGAUGUAAUAUUGAAGAAACCCUGAAGGCACAAAUGGCUUUAGCUGGCUGCCCAGACUCCUUUUUGCACCAUCCUUACUUGAUAGACAGUGUAGACCAGGCAUCAGCACAUACUCGACGGGAUCUAGUAAAGCCAGGAUUCCAAGAACCAUCAAGUCAAAUCUCAUUAAUUCACCAAGGAGAUGAUGAUGUGGACUUGGAAGCUUUAGUUAAUGACAUGAACUCCUCAUUUGAAAGUCUGUACACCAGCUACAGUAUGCAUUCAGAAAGCACACCACUCCUUCAGAAUGGCCAGCUCAACCGCAGCCAGCCUCCAGCCUCAGGAACAAACUCACUGCAUCCUGUGUCUCCAAAACAGAAAGUACAGAGGUCUCAGCCAGUACGCAUCAUGGCAGUCAGACGCUUACAGGAGGAGGAGCAACAGUUCAGAACAUCCUCUUUGCCUGCCAUACCAAAUCCCUUUCCUGAGCUUUGCAGCCCUGCAAACUCACCUGUGUUGGCACCUGGAUCUCUACCUCAGAGUCAACCUGUUAAUAAACAAGAUGUGAAAGUCUUUAGUGAAGAUGGGACGUGCAAAGUGGUCGAGAUCCUAGCAGAUAUGACUGCCCGGGACCUCUGCCAGCUUCUUGUUUACAAAAGUCAUUGUGUGGAUGACAACAGUUGGACCUUAGUGGAACAUCAUCCUCUUCUAGGAUUAGAGAGAUGCUUGGAAGAUCAUGAACUUGUUGUUCAAGUUGAAUCUACGAUGGGAAGUGAAAGUAAAUUUUUGUUCAGGAAGAAUUAUGCUAAGUAUGAAUUCUUUAAGAAUCCUGUGAACUUUUUUCCAGAGCAGAUGGUUGCUUGGUGUCAGCAGUCAAAUGGCUGUAUUCCACAGUCACAACUCUUACAGAAUUUUUUGAAUUCAAGUAGCUGUCCAGAAAUUCAAGGGUUCUUGCACGUGAAAGAACUUGGAAAGAAAUCGUGGAAGAAGCUAUAUGCUUGUCUGAGGAGAUCUGGACUGUAUUGCUCUACAAAAGGGUCUUCAAAGGAACCCAGACACCUGCAGUUGUUAGCUGACCUUGAAGAUAGCAAUAUCUUCUCAUUGAUAUCUGGCAAGAAACUGUACAGUGCUCCUACAGAUUAUGGAUUUUGUAUAAAGCCCAACAGAGUGAGAAAUGAAACUAAAGAAUUGAGGUUGCUGUGUGCCGAGGAUGAACAGAGCAGGACAUGCUGGAUGACUGCCUUUAGACUCCUCAAGUAUGGGAUGCUGCUGUACCAGAACUACAGAAUUCCACAACAGAGGAAAGCCCUGCUUCCACACUUCACUACUCCUGUAAGAAGUGUGUCUGAAAAUUCUUUAGUGGCAAUGGAUUUUUCUGGACAAAUAGGACGUGUUAUUGAAAAUCCAGUAGAAGCACAGACUGCAGCCUUGGAAGAAGGACAUGCUUGGAGGAAACGCAGCACAAGAAUGAAUAUCCUGGGUAGCCAAAGUCCCCUUCAUCCUUCCACACUGAGCACAGUUAUCCAUAGGACACAGCACUGGUUUCAUGGCAGGAUUUCUAGAGAAGAAUCACACCGAAUUAUUAAACAGCAGGGUCUUGUGGAUGGGCUGUUUCUUCUUCGGGACAGCCAGAGUAAUCCAAAGGCAUUUGUACUUACGCUGUGUCAUCAUCAAAAAAUAAAGCAUUUUCAGAUUUUGCCAUGUGAAGAUGAUGGGCAGAUGUUUUUCAGCCUUGAUGAUGGGAGCACCAAAUUUACAGACCUAAUACAGCUGGUUGAGUUCUACCAACUAAACAAGGGAGUUUUGCCUUGUAAACUCAAACACCACUGCAUCCGUGUGGCCUUAUGACCUCUGUUCCAAUACUUGUUGAAGACUGGCUUUGCUCAAAGACUGGAGUUUCCAGAGAAACAUUGUGAAAGAAGGUGGACACUGGGACAUUAGCAGACAUGUUAUUGUUUUUUUAAAAACUAAAAAUAGCACCAGGUAUGCACCUUGGGACUCAAAAAGGGAUGAAUUUAGCUGGUGCCUACAGACCAAGACUUUGCUGGUUUGUAUAAUACCCAAACAUAAUUGCUGCUGAGUAACCCAGCAAGCCCCCAAAGUUGAGAAAGGGUAUGUAAAAUCACUAAACAAAACUGGAAACUUUCCCUUGGCUGGUCCACUAAACAGAAUCAAGGUUGUGAAGCAAAAUUAUUGAAAAAAACUCUUGCCCUGGAAUAAUCUUGACAUUUUAAAACUUAGUGUGUUUACUUUUUGUAUCAAUCACUAUUUUUGUCUUUGUUUUUGCACUCCUAUUUUUGGAUAUGCAUAUGGCCUAUAUUAGGAGCUGAUAACAGCUUUUAAGUUUGUGCAGGAUCUGGGUAUUGAUCUAAACCCUAUACUGCAUGAGUUGCUUCGGGAUCAAUGACAUCUAGGAUCUAGGUGUCUGAUGACUCCACACCAGAGAAUAGCAUAUGCUAAUAUUCUUGAAGAAUCAGUAUAGCUGCAACUCUGAAAAGACAAAGAAACAUGCACCAUCACAGACAAUAAUUUCUAAAAUGAUGAUUUUAAAAAAAAUAAUGGCCUAAAUCCAUUGUUAGUCUAAACUGGAGUAAACCCACUAAAUCAGUGGGAACUUAGUAAAACAAGGUUUAUUCAGAGGGUCAACUCUAAUGGGAUAAUAAUUGGAUGUAGGCCAUUGGCUGUUGCCUGUGAUUAGUGCAUUAGGGGUAAGUGGUCAUGUAAAGGACUCUGAUUCUAUGCACCAGUGUUCUGAACCUAUUUUAUCCUAGGUCGGUUUUCUCCUUUUUCAAGUACCCCAUUCUGCACACAUCCUAUGGGGAAAUCAAUUGUCAUUACUUAAAGCAACUUUUAAGAUCAUAUAUAUUCUUGGAAACAGUUGGGAGCAGUAUGUUGUGUGUGAAUGUUUUGGUGGCAAAGAGGGGCUUGCUUUGUUCUGUCUUAUAUGACAAAGAUUGAGUGUUUAUAUCUUUCUUUAAAAUUUUAUUCCCUUAAAUUUGGGGCUAUAAAUGCAGAUGCAAAACAGAUGCCACAAUGUUCAAUUACUUAACUGUGUUUAAGAAUUUAGAAUGUGCCCUCUAAAGUCACACACCCUUUCCCCGUGACCUCUAUUUUUGAAUUUUUGAUACCAGCACAAACACUUCUUAGGAAAUUGUACUUUGGUACUCUCUGUGCUUUGUGAAAAUGUUGGUGCAGAUGUUAACACUGUAAUGAAUUCCAAAACUAUAAAAAAAGGCGGAAGCAAAUGUGCAGUACUCCUAAUUGUGGCUAGAAUACUGGACAGUGUUUCAUUAGCACGUACAUAGUUCUCUUAAGGUGAGAUGGUUAUGUAAGAAUGACAUUCAGUCAGGUAAAUGUGCAAAAUGGAGUCAGUUGUAUACACAUUCUGCUUUGGUACCAGUGUCUCGGUGUGGGUAUAAUACAUCAAGCACUGUCAUGCAGCCCCUCCAUCCAGUUCAGUCCAGCAAAGGAGACCUAUGCAAGUUCCACUAGAAUGAAUGGAUGAUCAUAUGCAGCAGUACUGGUUUAAUAGUUUGCAACAUGUAUUGGGAAAUUCCACAAUCCUCACCAUUGCUGGAUUUACCACUGUCAGCUUUGUCUAUCUAUUGGUAUUUGGAGGUGUAUGCACUAAAAGUUGGUGCCUGUAGCUGUGGCAAACUAGUUUGAUUUUGCUUUGUUCCUGGUUCAUCAGUUGUCUGAAACCUUCCAUGUGGCACACUUACAGGGGCUUGGCUGUGUGGAGCAGGUAACAUUCAAUCCUCAAUGACAGGUGCAGUUUCCUGGUUAUAAUACAUGCAGCAAUUAAAAUAUGGGUUGUUGAACAGUGGUUAUAUUUUGGUGUAGCAAUGCUGUUAAUUCCAUACAGCUGUAUGCAUGGGGUAUAUAUCACAUGGAGGGUUUAUAACAUCUGGACCAGGACAAUCUCUUGUUAAUAUCCAAUUGAUUCCAUGUUUACAUAGUAAUAAGGGUUUUUUUAUUUCUUGUGAUAGCUAGCAUUGAACUACGAUCACUGUUUUUGACUCUCAAUUUUUGGAGGUAAUGGUCAGGUAUAUACAGAAAGUUUUUGUGUGUUUUUUACGGUUUAUAAAGCAAGAAUUAUGUUCACCCCAGGAAUGUUCAGAAGAACUGUUGCAAAAUCAGUAUCUUCUGUUUGUCUCCAGAGUUUUUAUUGAACCAUAUAGGUUAAAUUAUAGUGAUUGUCUUAUCUAAUUAAUAGCCCACCUGAAUGGCUGAGGUUGGGAAAACAGUUCUUUAUUCAUAAGGUAUUCAUGUAAUGUUGAGAAUAGCUUCAAAUAAUAUAACUAGCUUGAGUCAUGCAUAUCAGCUGAAUUAUCAAUGGUAUAGAAACACUGUAUUUUAGUUUAAAGGACACCUUCUAGUAGCCUUUUUCCGUGAAAUUUCUACAUAUAUGAUGAAGAAACUUGAUCUAGUUUUCACUAGAAACUUUUUGGUUUUAUAUGUACAUAAUACAUUUUAUGUGAGUUUUUUUUUGUCAAUGUUCUUAAACAUCAAA